CCACCAGUGAGAUGUUUACAACAACCAAAUGAUAAUAUCUGCCUCAGGCAUAAGGAUACGAUAAGAUAAGACGACUGCAUCCGGACUAGUGCGGGGGCUGAGUCAGCAUCUGGAGGCCCGACUUUUUUGUCCUCAUUUCGAAUUGAUCCAUUUCUUCCCCGCAAACCGUGUCUGUCUCCCUCAUACACCUCAUACCUCACCAUGGCUCUCCCCGCCCACAAGAUCUCCUUCUUGGAGUCCUGCCUCUCCGCCAAUGUCCUGAAAUUCGGCACCUUCACCCUCAAGUCUGGUCGCCGUAUGUCCCCGCAGCACCCACCCCCCUACACCAACACUGACCUUAUAGAAUCCCCCUACUUCUUCAACGCCGGCAUCUUCAACACUGCUUCCCUGCUGUCCGCCCUCUCCACCGCCUACGCCCACACCAUCAUCGCCUUCCUCGCCGAGAACCCCUCUAUCCCCAAGCCCGACAUCAUCUUCGGGUAUUGCCCCUUUCCCGUGAAUUUAUCCCCCCCAACUAACCUCUCUAGACCCGCCUACAAGGGCAUUCCCCUCGCCUGCGCCACCCUCCUCGAACUCAACCGCAUCGACCCCGCCACCUGGGGCAGCGUCUGCUACAGCUACAACCGCAAGGAAGCCAAGGACCACGGCGAGGGCGGCAACAUUGUCGGCGCGGCGCUCAAGGACAAGACGGUGCUGGUGAUCGAUGAUGUGAUCACGGCGGGCACGGCCAUGCGCGAGACCCUGAACCUGGUGGCCCAGCAAGGCGGCAAGGUGGUUGGAUUCGCGGUGGCUUUGGAUCGCUUGGAGAAGAUGCCGGGCCCCAAGGACGCAAACGGCGUGGAGGACGACGCUCCCCGGAUGAGCGCGAUGGGACAAAUCCGCAAGGAGUAUGGCGUGCCCACGACGAGUAUCGUCACUCUGGAUGACUUGAUCAAGUUGAUGAAGGAAAAGGGCAACGAGGAGGAUAUGAAGCGCUUGGAGCAGUACCGGGCCAAGUACCAGGCUAGUGAUUAGAUAGAUCCAGGGAGCCACGUGAAAUGAAAACUUUGUAUAGACGGUUCUGGCCCUGGGCAGAAACCGGUCUCGGGCCGUGAUGUGUC